AUGCAGCUGCUCCUAUCCUCCGUUUGCAUGGCGCUGACCAGCGCGGUGAUCGGGAACGCCUACUACCAAAAGCAGCAGUUCUAUCCGGCGGUGGUGUACAUCACCAAGUCGAACGCCUCCAUGGCGGUGAUCUACAUACAGUUCUUUGUGAUUGUCUUCAUGUUUGGCAAGCUGCUCCGCAAGAUCUUCCUGGGAACGCUCCGCGCCGCCGAGUUCGAGCACCUGCUGGAGCGCUUCUGGUACGCCCUCACGGAGACCUGCUUGGCCUUCACCGUAUUCCGCGAUGACUUCAAUCCGCGCUUUGUGGCCCUGUUCACAGUGCUGCUGUUCCUCAAAUCAUUCCAUUGGCUGGCCGAGGAGCGGGUGGACUUUAUGGAGCGUUCGCCCGUGCUCGGCUGGCUGUUCCACAUUCGAGUGGGCAGCCUGCUCACCAUGCUCGGCAUCCUAGACUACGUUCUGCUAAUCCAUGCCUACAACUCCACCUUGGUGCGCGGACCCACCGUGCAGCUGGUCUUUGGCUUCGAGUACGCCAUCCUUCUGACCGUCAUCGCCAGCACGGCCAUCAAGUACGUGCUCCACGCCGCCGAGAUGCGCACGGACACACCAUGGGAGAACAAGGCUGUGUUCCUGCUCUACACAGAGCUGGUCAUCGGACUCAUCAAGGUGGUGCUGUACAUACUGUUUGUGGUGAUCAUGGCCAAGAUCUACGCGCUGCCCAUGUUCGUGUUCCGCCCCAUGUUCUUCACCAUACGCAACUUCCGCAAGGCCCUGAACGACGUGAUCAUGUCUCGCCGCGCCAUUCGCAACAUGAACACCCUGUAUCCGGACGCCACGCCCGAGGAACUGCGCCAAUCGGACAACAUAUGCAUCAUCUGCCGCGAGGACAUGGUCAAUCAUUCGAAAAAGUUGCCCUGCGGCCACAUCUUCCACACCACAUGCCUGCGCUCGUGGUUCCAACGCCAGCAGACCUGUCCCACCUGCCGACUGAACAUCCUGCGCACUCCGGCCGUCAACUCCACAGCGAUGCCACGUGCCGGUGAUGAGGCUGCGAAUGCCGCUCCUGCUGCCGCAGGUGCUCAACCGGCUGGAGGUGUACCUGCUCCGGCUCCCGCUGCCGGAGUCGACGGAAACCAAGCACGCGUCAAUGGCCCUCUGCCCGGAGGUCAAGCCUUACCGCCCAGCUUCGCGGAUCUAUUCGGUGAUGCCACCGGCUUGCCCAAUGGAUUGCCCAAUCUGGCUGGUCUCUCGAUGCCUCCUCCGCCGGUCAUGCCCAUGCUCUCGCCUUUUAUGAUGCCGCCACAGUUUGGCUACUUUUCGCCUCUGCCGCCGCCGCCAAUUCCACUGGACCUGACCAAGUUUACCGUCGAGGAGCUGCGCGCCAUGGAGGGACACCAGCGCGAGCAGAUUGAGCAGCGCCUGAAGUUGCUGCAAAACAUUAACCUUAUGCUGGAUUCGGCGGGGAUUAUGAUGUCCCAGUACCAAAGUUUGGCCUCGCGCUUGCAGCUCACUGCAGUGCCACCGGCACCCGCGGCAGCAGGGUCUGCUCCCGCCCCGGCAAAUGCAGAUAGUGCUGUUAGCGAAUCUGUCGUGUACGACAAGCCCAGUACCUCGGCCACGGCCAUGGCCCAGCUGGAGGCUCAUCAGGUUACUCCGACGACAACGGCCGCAGUGGCUCCUCCCCUGCCCGCCGAAAAGGUAACCAUUGAGGAUCUGGGCGCGGAUGCAGACGAGGAUGAUGUGCCAUCGACGGCCACGGAGGCGGUCAGUCUGCCCAACUCCGAUGCCGACUUCGAGGAGAACUCCUCGGAGCUGGGCGAGCUUAGGAAGCGGCGCUUGAAGUUCCUUGAGGAGCGCAACAAGUUCACAAACGAACGCACGACAGCGGAAUAGACGCCCUGAAUACUGAAGUCUCCAAUCCCAAAAACGGCAGCGAAAAUCCUCAUCCAACAAAAAACAUAAACAGAACGUGCUUGCGUUAAUCACAUUUUCUAUUCUCUUUGCUGGUAUUGAUUUUGUUUAUACUCCGCUCCUCAUCCGCUGCACCCUGUCCUUGACUUCUUCAUUUCUACGGCUUGCGAUAUGGGAAUAUUACGACGAUGACGACAAAGAUGACUACGGUGCCCCCGAAUUCACACACUGAAGUACGACCGCCCAGGGGCGGCGUGCGGAACGAAGGAUCUGAACGUGAACCAAGUGCGGCAUCCAAAUUCAAUAUGUAGCAAUAUAUAUUGUGUAAAAACUAUUUUAGAGAUGGGAAACUGAUGAUUUGUAUUUAAUAUUACUAUAUGUGUAUAAUUAAUGUGAAAUAUAAUUAAAACGAAAAGAACGAUGAA